AUGGCCUCAAGCCUGACCUCCAGCCCUGCCCAGUCGAUUCCCUCGGUGCCUGCUUUCCCCAGAAAGUCAUCGUUGUCGUUGGAGAUCGAAGAGGAUGACUCGUCCUCCUCGGAUGAACAAACAACAGACCCUUUCAAUCCGGAUUCCUCGGUCAGCGAUACAGAAGACGAUUAUCACAUCCAGAACUCGAAGAGUCCGGCUCCUGGUGAUCAUCCCCGGCAUUCGUUUGGGUCUGCUCCACACCAAGCUCCAUCCACGGACGGAUCGGCCACACCCCCAUCGGAAGGUCCAUUGGCCACAAAUGAAUACAAUGAGCGCUCAACGGCCAGCUCAAUAACAUCCAGCACCGACCAAGAUAAUCUUUCAUCGCUGAAUCGGUCGACUGUAGUAUCUGGAUAUAAACAAAGCACAAGCCCCACGACUCGGACUAAUAGAGACAAAAAGCCACCGCCACCGCCGAAGAGCCAUCAUGGCAAACGGAUCAGUGUUACAGCCAAUUUACCAGCUUCUCAGUCGGCAUCGUCUCGAUCACACUACCCACCAUCAUUCAAUUCUACGUCUCCGGAAAGCUUGACCACUUCCCGAACAGCAGUCACCCCCAAUGCUAGCUCGACCCUACCACCCGUCCCAGACUACUUCACUAUACAAUCACAAAGCCAAGCGGCAACAGGCUCAAACGAUUCACUGUCGCGCAGUGGUUCUCAAAACAAGCGUGCACCAACGCCACCUCUCAGCCGACGGCAAAGCCAAAUGCGAUCCAAGUCUACUGAGUCCAAAUCGAGUACCAGUCGAUUGGCCAUGUCCUCACGAGACGCAGAAAGCAACGAUAGCCCCCAGCCUCCGAGUCCUGGUCCAUCUAUCCUGUCGGCGUCAUCUUCCUCCAAAGAUCGAAACCGUAUGAGCAUGCCUCCGUCCUCGAUGUCUCCUGGGGACCUUCGUGGUGCAAUUUCCUCCGCAGGAGCAGGCCAUCUUUCACCCUCUACUAACUCCCAACCAUCUCACCCUGGGCGACGAGCCUCCUCAUAUGGUAAUAUAGCCAGCGGAUCCUCCGUAGCACCGCCACCGCCACCUCCCCCUCGACGGGCGCGGGAUGGUGCCCGUAACACCGAAGGGAGGCCUGUGUCACAAAUUAUUACUACAGAGGAGCCAUUGCCUCAACCGUCUAAUGCGCUUGAUAUAUUGGCCGAUCUUUCGCGAUUACAGAAAGAGGUGGAUGACCUUCGUGGGCAAUAUGAGAGUCGCAAGGCAAGCGAGUAA